UGAGCCUAUUUAAACUUUUUUAUAACAACAAUGCUUCACCUUUCUAAGUGUCAAUGCCAUGUGAAUAGGUGUGUUUUGAUUCUAUAUUAGUAUUCAGUUGGCAUUAUGUGUUCAUCAGAGAUGAGGCGACCGGGCCUCUUUAAAUUUCUCUUAGAGGAUGAAUAUUAAUUUGAAAAAACGUCACACCUUGUUGUGUUUCAGUUAGUUGAACUCAGAGGGCAACAGUUAUCACUGACACAUCUGAAAUCACUGAAAUGUUAAAAGAUAAAUACUUUGAAUUCAUGUGAUUAUGAUUUCUGCCGAGGUCAGUUUUUGUACCUUACAUUAAUAAUCAGAGCCAACGAGGCUGCCUGCACUCAGAGCAACAUGGAGGUGUUGCAGCUCAAUCCGAGAGGAGAUAAGGAGUCUGUAAUGCGCAGAGUUGUGGAAACAACUUCUAUAAUCCUUCAUCAUGUGACUCAUAGUAAAAUAAUCACUUGAUAAUGAGGAGACGCGUUCGGAGGUGACACAGAGGCAGAGAACCUACACACAGCUCGACAUCCUCCGGGCACCACAGGUGAACCUGCCGAGCGCGAGACCAGCAGGUGAGAGGAGACUGUUUUCGGGGACAGGAGCGGAGACGGAACAGUCGUAUGAUGUCUGUUAUUGGCGCGCUGCCUUUCAUCAAACCAAUGCAGCCAGGACCGUCUGUCUCUCCGGGCAUCCAGAGGAGACACACUCUGCCCGCGAGCGAGUUCAGACCCCUCAACACCCAGGACGCCAUCAGUGUGUUUGAGAUCGAGCGUGAAGCGUUUAUUUCAGUGUCAGGUGAGUGUCCGCUCCACCUGGAUGAGGUGCGUCAUUUCCUCACGCUGUGUCCAGAACUUUCUAUGGGCUGGAUCGAGGAGGGCCGGCUGGUGGCUUUUAUCAUCGGCUCUUUGUGGGACCAGGACAGACUCAGCACAGACGCUCUGACUCUCCACAAGCCCCGCGGAUCCACCGUCCACGUCCACGUCCUCGCCGUGCACCGCACCUUCAGGCAGCAAGGUAAAGGUCCCAUCCUGAUGUGGCGCUACCUGCAGUACCUGCGCUGCUUCCCCAACGUGCGCCGCGCGGUGCUGAUGUGCGAAGAGUUCCUCAUUCCCUUCUACCAGAAGUCCGGCUUCAAGGUGCUGGGCCGCUGCGCCAUCACCGUGGGCAGCCUGAGCUUCACGGAGAUGCUGUAUCCCAUCAGCGGACACUCGUACAUGCGCCGGAACAGCGAGGCGAUCCGGUUCCCAGAGCAUCCUUUGACUCUGCCGCUGACAAAGACUGACGAACACGAGGACGUAUGACGCGCUGGAGUCUGUGUCUCAGGUUUGUUAAAGUAAAGUUCAGUCUCAGCUCGCUGUAGGAAAUGUCAGAUUGAGUUAGUGGCUGCUGGCUCUGUUUGUUGGACCUUUUCCUCUAAUCUGAAUCUGUCUAGUGUAAAAUAAAGCACUCUGCCAUGUGGUGGAGAAUAAUCAAAUUCAUAAAGCUAGACUCUGGAGUGUGUUUAACCUCUCCAUAACUGUGCAGUUUGCAUUGUGAUGUUUUGUUUCAUAUGUCUGUGUCUUUCAGUUUUCAAAUCUCAAUAAAAUGUUUUCUACUGUUUUUUUAAGACAAAAA